GACUUGUUCAUCAUACGAUGCCUCAACCAGCGCUUACCCCGGAGCAAGAAGCGCAUUUUAACGACACUAGAAGGCCCGCGUUAUGGGGUUGCCUGAUCACUUUUCUCGUUAUCAACGAUGUAGCUAUCGCCGGCAGGUUAUGGGGAACAUGGAGGUCCGUAGCGAGCCGCUCACGAGUCAUGGCAGAGGAUAUUUCGAUUAUUCUAAGUGGAAUCUUUGUCAAUGUUAUCAUAGCAAACCUGAUGGUAGCAACCCACUACGGGCUUGGUCUUCACACGUACACUAUCAAUUCCCGAGAUCCGGAUUAUCCAUCGAACCUAUCUAAGACAUUCAGGCAUAUCUGGAUUACGAUGGUCUUGAUGUGUGCCUUUUUUGUCUGCAUUAAGAUGACAUUGCUGUUCUUCUACAGGCGAUUAUUCCUCGUAUCCAACCGAGGUCUACACAUCUUCUGGUGGAUCAAUUUCGUCUACAUAAUCCUCUGGUUCUUCUGCGGCACCGCCUUCUACCUAUUUCAGUGCAAGCCCGUGGAAUGGUACUUCCUUCAGUACUACGAUAGGUUUCACAAGCCCGUUCCCGGGGGCAAACAUGGACAGUGUAAUGCUACUAGCGUCCUUCACGUCUCCCUACCGGUGAUCUUCAGCCUUAUCUCCGAUGUUGGCUUAUUAGCGCUACCCAUUUGGGCUAUCUCUAAGCUGAGACUUGACAAGACGAAAAAGCGUGGCCUAAUGGUCGUCUUCGGAAUUGGCCUAGUUGCCGCCAUGCUUGAACUAGCUCGAAUUCUGGCGCUUAUCAUCGACACCGAUGACAAGACUGACCCGAGUUAUGGCGUUGCCAUAUUUUUAAUCCUUACUGCCACCGAAGAGACGACAGCAGUGGUUUGCGCAUGCCUACCAGUGAUAUUCCCUCAGGUGGCUCGAGAAUUUCGGAACCAUGUUAGAAACAAUAGCUAUAUUUAUGAUGGGAAUAGAGGUCAGGGCUCAUCCGAGCAACAAAGUUCUCGGGGCUUCAAGCGAGUCGUGAGCCUGAAUCACAUAUGGACGACUGUUGGCGCUUCUAAGAUGGGUACUACGCAUGACGACGGUAUUACCUUGCAUAGCGUUGAAGUUACAGGGAACUCGACUCUAAGAAAUGACGAGCGUGAUGGUACCUCCGAUCACACACAGCACCCAUAUUAUCAAAUGACAAACAUGGGCCAACCCGAGCACGGAUACCUAUCGCAUCCAUACAACACAAACUACGUCAAUCAGACAGCAGAGCCACGCGUUAUAUCGCAGAAUAAUAUCCAUGUACGUACAGAUGUUCAAGUACAUGUGGACAAUGAGGCUAGAGCGAGGGAAAAUAUGUAAACUAACUCCAGGUAUUCUUAUUGUUUCAACUUGAGAAGGUCAAUCGCGGUCUUGAAGUUUUUGUUUUCAUCCUUACUAGGUAGGCACCAAUGAUAUUUCUCACCCAGCGCUGUCGCGAUAUGUUGAUUUCGGCUACUCAAAAAGUCAGCGGGGAGGUUACAGGAAUAGGGGUAAGAAAGGGGUAAGAUAUAGCAACCUAAAUUCC